AUGUCGUGGUUCCACAGUGCCCAGGGGUCCGCCCGAAAUGAGGGCUACCGUGAUGGGAAGGCCGACGCGCUACGGGAACUCAAGAGUGAGCAGGCCAGAGAAAUCAGCAAUACUCGGCGGGCUUGUUUGGAAGAAUUGCUGCAGGAGGAUCCAGAGAACAUUUAUUACUCUUCGAACGAUAUUCGGUACAUGCUCGCUCGUUUCUAUCUUGCGGACCGUAAUGGAGACGGACGACUUACUUUCAAAGAACUAUGCGAUAGCUACAAGCCCAAGGAUGAGGAAGCCAAAAAGAAUCUCGAAGCCGUGUUUGAAGAUAUUGAGGUGACCGGGGACCAGAAAAUUAGCCUUGCCAAGUUUUUUAUCAUAGGUCUUCUUGGAAGGGACGGCGAAGCUGGCUACAAGAAUACCAAGAAGAUUGACACGUAA